GAAGAAGUGGGGAGUGUGGGAGAUUCAAGGUUCGCUCCGCUUUGCCCUGAAAGCUAACAACAAAAUGAUCCGCAGGAUAGAUUUCUUCCAGUCUUGACUUCCACUACUGAGCGGCCCCGGUAGAUGUUGAAACUUGGACGCCCUGAGCGAUGGAGGCCAUGGAGAUUGACCCCCAGCCAGAGGCUCCAGCAGGAGUCGACAACAGCGUCUCUGCCGCAGAACUCCCGGUUAUCAUCUCAGACUCUGGCAGCAGUACGGAAGUGGAUGAGGAGGAGGAGGACGAUGGCGACGGGGCAGCGGCGUCUCGUCGGCAGCUCAGACUUCCUGCCACCUGGGCCUUCAGUCAGAGGAGGGCGGGCCGCGGUGCGGCGGCAGAGGAGCAAGCGUCUGCGCGGAGGAGGCUCAGGCAGGGCCUCAGGGUGCACUACUCCAGCCAGAACGCAGCGUCCUCCAGAGGGUUCCCGUAUUUCCUGCUGCGUGUGCCCGCCGCCACCGCCGCACCCGACCAACAGUCCAGCAGCACCGAGGUCAGCGAUUCGUCGGAGGAAGGGGAAGCGGCGCCAGCUGCUACGGCGGAGGCAGUGGAGACGGUGGCACCUGCCCCGCCCACUAAUCCGAGCGUCGACAACUCUGAUGAUAACAUACAAGUACAAGAAGCUGAUGCCGCUGAUGGCGACACAAAAGAAGGUCAGCCUGAUGGCGUCCAGCCGCCCGCCGCCCCGCCUCCCCAGGCGUCCCAGGGCGAGGAGGGCGACAGCGACACCUGCAGCAUCUGCUUCGAGGCCUGGACGACGGCGGGAGAGCAUCGCAUCGCCGCUCUGCGCUGCGGACACCUCUUCGGCUACACCUGCAUCCACCGCUGGCUGACAGCUCAGCGCUCGGCCGGCAAAUGUCCGCAGUGCAACAAGAAGGCCAAGCGCUCCGACAUCUUGCGGCUCUACGCUCCCAAGCUGAGAGCCAUGGACAACAGCGAGCACGAGAGCCUGAAGAAGGUCCUGGAGGAGGAGCAAUCUCUGAGGAGGAAGGCCGAACUCGAAUCGGCUCAGUACAAACUCAAACUCCAGGUGGUUAGCAACAAGUAUGGACAAGCACAACAGGAACUCAAGGAGCUUAGAGCUCAGAUGGCACAAACUGGGAGGGGCUCUGCCGCCGUCUCCUCCUCUUCCUCCUCCUCCUCAUCGUCGCUCCACUGUGGCCCUGACCGACCCAAAUUGGCGCCGUACGGUUUCUUCGAUGCGGUGCUCGUGUCUCAAAAUGGAGGCUGCCGAGUUUUGUCCUACUGCGAAGCCAUGAACUGCCUGCUGGCCUCACAGCCUUCGCCCCACGCCACACUCGUGCCCGGCUGGGGCGUGAAGAAAGUGAGCCUGGCCAACCUCAAGUCCAGCCAGUACAUUCCCAUCCACAGCAAUCAGAUCCGAGGUCUGUGCUUCAACAGACAGAACGACAGCCUGCUCCUGUCGGCCGCUCUGGACUGCACCAUCAAACUCACCAGCCUGCUGACCAACACGGUGGUUCAGACUUACAACACGGGCAAGCCCGUGUGGAGCUGCUGCUGGUGUUUGGACAGCACCAACUACGUCUACGCUGGCUUGAGCAACGGCUCGGUACUGGUCUACGACAUCAGAGACACCAGCACGCAUGUCCAGGAGCUGGAGCCGCUGCGCUCCAAGGCCCCGGUGGCGUCUCUCUGCUACCUCCCGAAGGCGGCGUCCAGCUCGUUCCCGUGCGGCGGGCUGAUCGCCGGCUCCCCGGGCGGCGGCUGCUUCUGGGAGCAGGUCAAUGAGACCACGUACAAGCCGCACAUGCUGCCGCUGGAGCCGGGGGGCUGCACAGACAUCCAGGUGGAGACGGAGAGCCGGCACUGCUUGGUCACCUACCGACCAAGCCGCCUCAACACAAAUUUGCGCUGCGUCCUGAUGGCCCUGACCCGGACGCCCCAGGAGUACCUCAACCAGCCGCCCGGCUGCUGCUGCUUGCCCGUGCAGACGUUCAACGCCGGCUCGUCCUGCAAGCACCUCACCAAGAACGCCAUCUUCACCAGCCCAGAUGGAGGCGGGGCUCUGGUGUGCGCCGGAGACGAGGCGUCCAACUCCACCAUGGUGUGGGAGGCGGCUGGCGGCACUCUCCUCCAGAAGCUUCCCGCCGACCUGCCGGUGCUGGACAUCGCGCCGUUCAGGGCGAGCGGCGACAACUACCUGGUGGCGCUCACGGAGAAGAUGAUGAAGCUGUACAAGUGGAAGUGAGCGAGCAUUAUGUUUACAAUAACCGAAUCAAGAUUUCAGUCUUUUUAUUUUGAAAUGGUCAGGGGACCUUUUGAGCAACAUGUUGUCUAAAAACAAAUCACCAAAAAACUGUUUUUGUGUGCCACACGUGUCAUUUGACCAUCAGGCGAGACAAAGAGGCGGCAAAUACUCGGUCGUCCUGAUUUUUAAUGUUGGCCUGUCUUUAUUUACCAGGCAAAUAUUUCGCUGUUAAAUAUUUUAAUGCGGAAAAACAGGUUUUCAGUGUCCUUCUCAGACGUCUGAGUGGCCCUGAACUCAGCACCAGCAGCACCCAGCUUGGUUGAACUGCUCAGCAAUGUUAGGGUUUGUACAAUAAAACACCACCAAAUACCGUCUUUACUACUCUUUAUUACUCUGAAUGAGUGCUUCAAAUGUCCCAAAGGGCAUUUAUUGUACCUUAUGUAUGUGUGUAAAUAUAUAUAUAUAUGUUUGUAUGUAUCAUUCCUAGUUUUCCUUUCAAGUCAAUAAAUACAUUUUACGUCUU